GUUUCCAUAGAAACAACAAAAACCCUCCUCAAUCACAACAAAAAAACCCUCUGCCAUCAUUUUCAUAGUGUUGUGAAUCCAUAAUUCAAUUAUAUCAAUUAAUAAUGGACCGCAAAGAGCAAUCCUUCUCUAUCGUCGACGAUGACGACGACGAUUUCGAGUUCGAUUCAGUUGAUGUCCUCAACAAGAUGAGCGUACCCUCCUUGGACGAUCGCGAAAACACCCCCAAAACCUACCAAUCCUCAGAAUCCAGUUUAAGUCCUCAGAAACAACCCACCACACAAGACGUGAGUCCUGUCAGUUCGGUACUAUCAGCAGGUCCUUCAAGCGGGCGCAAAACAGUCACAAAAAUACGUCCACCGCCACAUUUAAUACAAAUCUCAAGUGAAAGUGAUUCAGAAGACAGUGAAGAAGAUAAAAAGAUCAAAGGACCAAUCGAAGGAGAAUACGAUCCAAAGCUGUAUGAGGAUUUGGAAGCAUCUAGUGAAGUCAAAGAGUUGUUUCAAUACAUCACAAAGUACGUGCCGCAGCAAUUAGCUCUGGAUUAUAAGUUUAAACCUUUUAUACCGGAUUACAUCCCUGCUGUGGGUGAUAUCGACGCGUUUUUGAAAGUUAUCCCACCGGAAGAAGGCCUCAACGGCGAACCAUCCACGAUUGAUUCUUCAAAUCUAGGUUUAACCGUUCUGGAUGAACCAGCGGCGAAUCAAAGUGAUCCGGCUGUUCUCCAGCUGCAACUGCGUGCUGCUUCGGUUAAUAUGGGUAAUCCUACUAAUACAAUCAUAAAAAAGGUUGAGAAUGUUGAGAAAAACACUAAAGUCAUUGAUAAAUGGAUCAAAGACAUCAGUGAUUUGCAUCGGAGUAAAUCUUCACCUGUUUUUAAGUAUUCUGAUCCAAUGCCAGAUUUGGAUGAAUUACUAGAAGAAUGGCCGGAAAACAUGGAAAACCUCUUGAAAAUCCACGGAUUUCCAAGUCACACGAUAAAAGGGCCUUUAACUGACUACAUGGACAUCGUCUGCAGCUUAUUUGAUAUACCUGUGUAUGCGAAUAAGAUACAAUCACUGCAUCUUCUCUUCAGUUUGUACGCAGCUGUGAAAACAUCGCAUUUGUUUAAAGAGUCAGCAAAUGGCGGCAGUAGUGGUAAAAGUCGCACGAUUACAUCUGGUGGUACAGCGGAUCAACUCUUACUUGAUUAAAUAAUAAUUUAAUAGUAGAUAAAUGUUUCAAGUAACGAAUUAUAUUAUAUUAUUUUAUAUGCUUUGACGAUGAAUGAAGUCGAUAAAAUUA